AUGUACAGCAGACUCAACUCGAUCCAACAACACCUGCCCAGAUCUACAAGCAAGACAUCAACCCACACCAUGGCCUCCCUACCCCUCCGCAUCGCCGUCCUCGACGACUACGCCAACAUCGCCCAAACCCACUUCUCCAAACUCCAGAAUGUCCAAGUCGACAGCUUCCCCAAAACCCUCAACGCCGCAACCCCGAAAGGUCUAGAAGCCCUCGCAAAACGUCUAGAACCCUACAAAAUCAUCUCCACAAUGCGGGAACGAACUGCCUUCCGCAGCGCCUUGAUCAAGCAACUCCCAAACUUGAAGCUGCUGCUCACGUCCGGGACUCGAAACGCCUCCCUGGACUUAGCCACUUUCUCCGAGCGAGGGAUCCCAGUCGCGGGCACGAAAGGUGAACGGCCUAGCAAUCCAGACCCGAAUUCGGACUACGAGCCACCACCGCCUGCGGGCUACUCAGCUGUGAACCAGCAUGCUUGGGCUCUGUUGUUAGCGCUGUGUGGGAGGAUUCCAGAGGAUGAUCGCGCUCUGAAAACGAGCUCUACUGCGUGGCAGAGUGGGCUGGGGAUUUCGUUGGGUGGGAAGACGUUAGGAUUGGUUGGGUUGGGGAAGUUGGGGACGGCGUUUGGGAGAGUUGCAGUGCAGAUGUUUGGGAUGAAGGUUCUUGCUUGGUCGCAGAAUCUUGAUCAAGAGAAAGCUGAUGCUGCGGCGGAGGGGGCGGGAUUACCUAAGGGAACGUUCGAAGCGGUGGGGAAGGAGGAGGUGUUUAGGAGUGCCGAUGUGGUGAGUUUGCAUCUUGUGUUGAGUGAGAGGACGAGAGGUGUUGUGGGGAAGAGGGAGUUGGGGUGGAUGAAGGGGAGUGGGGUGUUGGUCAAUACGUCGAGAGGCGGGUUGAUUGAUGAGGGGGCUUUGAUUUCUGCAUUGAAGGAGGGGAGGAUCAAGGGUGUGGCGCUGGAUGUAUUCUGGGAGGAGCCUAUCGCUGCUGAUAGUCCCUGGCGGAGUGUAGACUCGUGGUCGAAAGCUGCGGUCGUGCUCAGUCCUCAUAUGGGAUAUGUGAAUGAGGGGACCAUGAACAGAUGGUACGAAGAACAAGCAGAGAACCUCGACCGCUGGUUGAAGGGCGAAGAACUCCUCAACAAAAUAAAUUAA